AUGCAAAAGAUGUACCUCAAUGCUUCAUUAGCUUUUCUAUUUUUAUCAAUAUCUUAUUACUAAAUCAAAUAUACCGUCAUUCGUUAGCGUAAACAGAAAUUAGCAGAUCCUUUUUUACCCCAUUCAAUUCAAAUGAUAGUAACUCUAUUUAUAAUAAUUUAGAUUGGAAAUCAUAUGAGACUAUGUCAUCAAAUCAAAUUACAGAUUGUGGAACCUCAAUGA